AUGACUCCAAGAAGGGCAUUGUGCACAGCAAGCAAACCAAUUGGGUUUGUCUUUGAUAUCGAUGGUGUUUUACUACGAGGAAAGAACCCAAUACCUUCUGCCUCGAAAGCUUUGUCCCUUCUUAAUGAUAUAAAAAUCCCAUACAUCUUAUUAACAAAUGGAGGAGGUAAACUUGAAACAGAAAGAGCUAAAGCAUUGUCUAGGACUUUGAAUGUUGAAAUAUCGCCUUUGCAAAUAGUUCAAUGUCAUACGCCAUUUAAAACACUAGCUAAUAAGUUUGAUCGUGUACUUGCUGUCGGUACACCGUCUGUUAGAGAAGUUGCAGAAGCCUAUGGUUUUAAGGACGUAGUACAUCAGUACGAUAUUGUGAGGUAUAACAAAAACAUUACACCUUUUAGUGCACUCUCUAGAGAGCAACUGAUGCAGUAUUCCAAGGAAAUAUCGAAUUUGGAUACGAAAAGAUUUGAUGCAAUACUAGUUUUUAAUGAUCCAUUGAACUGGGCCGCUGACAUACAAAUAAUGUGUGAUUUGCUCAAUAGUCAAAAUGGGAUGCUUAAUACGGUGCGGAAGGAUAAAUCAGAAACUCCAUCUAUACCCAUAUUCUUUUCGAAUAAGGAUUUGCUUUGGUCGAAUGCAUAUAAUUUGAAUAGAUUUGGCCAAGGUGCAUUUAGAUUGCUGGUUCGAAAACUAUAUUGUGAAACCAAUAAUGGUAAGCCCUUAAUUGACUUCGUUACAGGAAAGCCAACGAAGCUGACGUAUGACUUUGCUCACCACCUAUUAAUAAGAUGGAGAGACGUUUUAUUUCAACAUUCAGACGGAAGUCCUGCGACUCUCCCAGAGCUUGGUAUUGCCCCAAAAAACUCACCUUUCACUGAUGUGUUUAUGGUAGGUGAUAAUCCAGCAAGUGAUAUUGCAGGAGCCAUUAAUUAUGGUUGGUCAACUUGUCUGGUUAAAACGGGCGUAUACAGAGAGGGAGAUUGCAUAGGCGAAAACAACCCAACAAUGACUGUGAGUGACGUACAUGAAGCAGUCACUAAUGUUUUAAAUAGAUAUGUCUAA